AUGGCGCAACAACAGGAGUGCUACAGCAUACCGGCUGUAUUUGCCGGAGCGGAUGUGUUCCUUACCGGUGGCUCCGGUUUCAUGGGCAAAGUGCUGAUCGAGAAGCUGCUCCGAUCGUGCCCGAAGAUCGGACGGGUGUUUGUGUUAAUGCGCGGCAAGAGGGGAAAAUCGCUCGAGGAACGCUUGGAAACGAUUACCGGUGGAGUGUUGUUUGAUCUGCUCAAAAGUGAAAAUCCCGAGGCGCUGAGCAAAAUAUGUCCCAUCGAAGGCGACUGCACGCAGCUGAAGUUGGGUAUGUCUCUGGACAGCAUCGAUCGCAUCAAGAAUGUGCAAUUCGUGUUUCACGCCGCGGCAAGUGUUCGAUUCGACGAUCCACUGAAGGACGCCAUUCUGACCAACACUCGCAGUACGCGGGAAGUGUUCGAGUGGGCCAAAACGCUCCACAAGCUGCGGGCCGUAGUGCACGUCUCGACCACCUACUGCAAUCCGGAGCUGCUGCACGUCGAGGAGAAAAUCUAUCCGUCAAAGAUGGACUGGAGGGCAGCGAUCCGCAUGGCGGAAACGUUCGACGUGGCCGCGCUAGAAACCCUCAAGGAGAAGUUAACACAAUUCGCUCCAAACACGUACACCUACACCAAGGGACUGGCUGAACAGAUUUGUUUCGAGUAUCGCGAUCAGCUACCGCUUGUCGUCUUUCGACCAUCGAUCGUGACCAACUCAGAGACGGAACCACUGUGUGGCUGGGUUGACAACUUUAACGGUCCCAUCGGGCUGCUGCUCGGUUGCGCAUCGGGAGUCGUGCGAACCGGCAUGAUCGACCUGGAGAAACGCAUCAACUGUAUCCCGGUGGACGUGAGCAUCAAGGCGAUCAUAGUGGCCGCCUGGAAGCGAGCCACCUGCGAUAAGCCUGGUGAUCUGCCGGUCUACAACAGUGCUGCCGAGAGGGAUAAAACAAUCAACUACGGCAUGAUGCUGUACGACGGGAAGGUACUGUUCGAUCGGGUGCCAUUGGGCAACAUGCUGUGGGCUCCCGGCGGUACCGCGACUUCAAACAAGUACUUGUUCUAUAUCAUAUUUUUCUUCUGCCAACUACUACCGGCCCUGUUAGUCGACACGUUGCUGCGCGUCGUUGGAAAGACACCGUUUUUGUUAAGGUUGAAUCGUAAAAUCUUCGACGCACAGGUAUCCCUCCGAUACUUCAUGAACAAUGAAUGGGAAUUCGUUAAUGAUAACUUUAAGAAACUUGAGCUUAUAAUACCGGAACAUGAUAGGAACACAUUUUCGACGAAAUUUUUCGUUCGUGGGAUGAUGGAGUACUACGAAGACGCCAUCCUUGGCGGUCGUCGUUACUUAUUGAACGAACCGGACGAUAGCAUCGAACAAUCGCUAAAGAAGUACAGGAUUUUACGAGUGCUCCACUACGGUCUUCAGUUGGUGCUUGGGCUGCUUGUUGUGAAUUGGAUUUAUCGCAGGUAUCUACAGUAG